UGUCUUCUCCUGCUGUUCUUAAAUGAAGUCAAAAUGCCAGUGAAACCAGACCUCCAACAGCUGGAAAAGUGUAUUGAUGAUGCUUUGAGGAAAAAUGACUUCAAACCUUUGAUAACACUUUUACAAAUUGAUAUUUGUGAAGAUGUGAAAAUUAAAUGCAGCAAACAAUUCCUCCACAAGUUGGAUGACUUAAUAUGCAGGGAACUUAAUAGAAAGGAUAUCCAAACUGUUUCAAACAUCUUGAUAUCUGUUGGAAGAUGUAGCAAGAAUAUUUUUAUACUGGGACAAGCUGGACUUCUAACCAUGAUGAAACAAGGAUUAGUUCAGAAGAUGGCUUCCUGGUUUGAAAAUUCCAAGGAGAUUAUUCUGAGUCAAGGACAAUCAAAAGAUGAAGCUGUUAUGAAUAUGAUAGAAGACUUAUUUGAUCUUUUGAUGGUCGUAUAUGACAUCAAUGAUGAAGGUAAAAAACAAGUAUUGGAAAGUUUCAUACCUCACAUCUGUGCCCUGGUUAUUGAUACAAGAGUGAAUAUUUGCAUUCAACAGGAGGCUUUAAAAAAAGUGAAUUUGAUGCUUGACAGAAUACCUCAAGAUGCCAACAAAAUACUUUCUAAUCAAGAAAUAUUAACUCUCAUGAGUAAUAUGGGAGAAAGGAUUUUAGAUGUAGGAGAUUAUGAAUUACAGGUAGGCAUUGUGGAAGCUUUAUGUAGAAUGACCACAGAAAAACGGAGACAAGAACUUGCAUGCCAGUGGUUUUCAAUGGAUUUUAUUGCUAAUGCAUUUAAAGAAAUUAAAGACUGUGAAUUUGAAACGGAUUGCAGGAUAUUUCUCAAUCUGGUAAAUGGCAUGCUUGGUGAUAAGAGGAGGGUCUUUACAUUUCCUUGCUUAUCAGCAUUUCUUGAUAAAUAUGAGCUGCAGAUACCGUCAGAUGAAAAACUUGAGGAAUUCUGGAUCGAUUUUAAUCUUGGGAGCCAGACUCUGUCAUUCUAUAUUGCUGGAGAUGAUGAGGAUCAUCAAUGGGAAGCAGUCACUGUCCCUGAAGAAAAAGUUCAGAUGUACAACGUUGAAGUGAGAGACUCAAAGAAGCUACUGACUGUAACUCUGAAAAAUAUAGUGAAAAUUAGUAAAAAAGAAGGGAAGGAAUUACUUUUAUAUUUUGAUGAAUCUUUAGAAAUCACCAGUGUAACUAAAAAAGUUUUUGGUGGACAUAAGUACAAGGAAUUUACCAGAAAACAAGGUAUUUCAGUUGCCAAAACAUCUAUUCAUAUACUUUUUGAUGCAAGUGGAUCACAGAUUCUAGUGCCAGAAAGUCAACCAUCUCCAGUUAAAGAAGACCUUGUUUAUCUAAAAGAGAAAUCUAACCACCAAAAGAGACUUACAAAUUCUCUAAAACAGGACAACAGCAGCAGCCAGAGUGACAGGAAAAGCAGUCAGGAUGAGAUCACUACACCAAGCAGAAAGAAAAUGUCUGAAGCAUCAAUGAUUGUUUCCAGUACAGACAGAUACACUGUGCGAAGUCCAAUACUCUUAAUCAAUACAUCAACACCGCAAAAAUGUAGGACACCACUACAAGCAGUAAAUUCUGCUGAAAAAGCUGUUUCUAAAAUAUCAGAAAGUGGAAUGGAUUAUGCAGUGUCACUCAAGUCUAUACAAUCUGAUGGAAGAAAUAGAUGGAAUAAUAGAGCCAAACAUAAUAAAACUACAAAAACUAUAGAAAACAAAGAAAAUGAGAACAGUGAAGCCCCAGACCAAAAUUUUAAUGAAGUUGAGGACACUCUUUCUGAUGCAUUUGCAGUGGGAAAAGUAGAUAAGCCUGUAUUACCUGGAAUUUCAGACAUGUCAAAAAAUAAACCACAUUCCAAAUGGGCAUGUUGGACACCUGUAACAACUAUCAAACUCUGCAAUAACCAGAGAGCCCGUGAAUUACCAGAAGACACUUUUACCAGAGAUACUGGUAUCAACAAUAAAUGCAAUAAACAAAAAUCAGCAUCUGAUGAUGAAUCUGAAGAAACACAAAGGAUAAAACGCAGUAAAAAUGUAAUCAAGUGUAACAAGUCAGAACAAGCAGAAGUUUGUGAAAGAAAUAUUCAGGAAGAAAAUCAUCCUAAAUAUUCACAAAAGAAAAAUACUGAAAACGUAAACCAGAAUGAUUGGCAUAUUGAAUCUGAAACUACUUAUAAAUCAGUACUCCUAAAUAAGACAACUGAAGAAUCACUCAUCUAUAAGAAGACGUGUGUAUUGUCAAAAGAUGUGAAUACUACUAUCUGUGAUAAAAGCAUGAGGAGUCAUACAAAAUCAAGGAAAGAGCUGAUGUCUGAACUUAAUUCAUGUGAGCUAAAAGAAAUACCAAUGAGAGAAAAUUCAGAAGAGAAAGGACUUACUGGUGCAGCAGAAUCCUUGAUAAGCCAAAUCAGUAAGAGGUACAACCCAAGUGAUAGCAUGAUAUCAACAAGAAAAAUAAAGGAACCCCGGAAUGGCAGUGGGUUUUCAAAGAAACCUGACUUGGAGUUCAAUGAGGUUCAGAGAAAGAGUUACAGAAAACUGAAGACAACUUUUGUUAAUGUUACUUCUGAAUGUCCACCACUGAAUGAUGUAUAUAAUUUCAGCUUGAAUGGUGCCGAUGAACCUGUUAUAAAACUUGGAAUACAAGAAUUUCAAGCUACAACCAGAGAAGCCAGUAUGGAUAAUUCAGUAAAAUUGGUAGGUGUAAGGAAUCAUGAUGAGCAUGACCUGUCUCUCAAAACAAAAGAUAAAAAAAUAUUAAGUCAUGAGAAGAAAACUCUCUUUAGUGACACUGAAACAGAAUAUGGAUAUGAUGACAGCAAGACUGACAUUAGCUGGCUAAGAGAACCAAAAUCAAAAAGACUAAUGGAUUAUAGUAGGAAUAAAAACACGAAGAAAUAUAAAAAUAGAAAAUCAAGGUCAUCCAUGGAAAAGGGACAGCCAAGAUCCACAACGGUACUCAAUAAAAACAUUACCAAAAAGGGUUAUGAAAUAGUUAGAAAUACAAGAAGCAGACUUCCACGAAGAGCAGCGAAAACAAAAAAAAAUUAUAAGGAUCUCUCAACUUCAGAAUCAGAACCAGAGAGUGAAAAAUUUUUUUCAUAUAUAGUUGAAGAUAAUCUGCCAAUAAAGGAGGAGAAUAUCCAUUCCAAAGCCCAAACCAAGAGACUGCCCAAGAAACAACAGAAAGUCUUCAAUACAGAAACGCCAAAAGGACAGCUAUCAGAAAAACAGAAAAACUCAUCUAAGCUCAGUGAUGGGAGAGAAGACUGUCUUUGCCUAUCUUCUGCAUCUGUGUCUGGGAGUCCAUCAUCCGUGGAAGUGAUGAGAUGUAUGGAGAAAAUAACAGAAAGGGAUUUUACUAGGGAUUAUGACUACAUCACAAAAUCUCUUUCGCCUUAUCCAAAAACUGCAUCAUCUGAAUCCCUAAAUGGUAACAACGGAGUUAAAGAUCAGGGAAAAUCACCAAGAAUCAGUGAGAUGAGGACACUAUUUGUGAGAAAGAGUUACUCACCUGUUUCAGGACUGCAAUCUUCGCCCAGGCAUACUCCAACCAAGAAUAGAAAAUAUACAAAUUCAGUGAUAAAUAAUCAAACAAUGAUAAAUAAUCAACAUUGUAACAGCUAUUCAGAUGUAAGCAGUAAUAGUUCAGAGAAACAUUUUAUGGAAACUGAAUCUCCAUAUAGUGGUGAAAACCAUAUGCAAAGCAAGAGAGAGGAAAGUCAUGCAGCAUCUCCAUUAUCAUUGUCUAGUGAAAGAACAGAGAAAAUAUUGUUUGAUAUGCCCAGUGACAAUACUCAUGUAUCAGGUCCCAGUCAACGUAAUUGCAAAAGACAGAUGUACUUAGAAGAUUAUGCUCUAAAUAAUUCCAAUGAAGCACAAGUAGAAGAGGCAGAAGGAAGAGAACAUUUGUUUUCAAAAAAACUAUGUCAAAGGGAACAUUUGGAUCAACACACUCAAAAAGCUUCAUUAUUAACACCAGAUUUUACUGUUCCUGAGGACUGGCAACAGGAGUUACCUGCUGGGAUGUUUUAUGAUAACAUCAACUCAGACUAUAAGAGGAAAACUGAUACGCAACGUAAAAUCUUGGAUGAUUUUAGUACAAAGACAUUGAAAUUGACUCAACACCAUCUGAUGACAGUGAUCUGUCAAGCUCAAGGACGCAGAGAUGAAAAUAUUGACAAAUUUCAAGUCACUCUUCUAGAUGAGCUGGAGAGAAUUGAAAGAGCCUCAAAGACUUUACAAGACUUCGAGAAGGAGCUUGUGGACGUCGGGGAAAAAUUAGUUCAGAAGAUGUGGGCAUAUUACCGAAGUGAGCAGGAAAGGCUUCGUGUUUUGAAAACUUCACUGGAUAAAAGUUUUUUUGUCCAUAACUCUGUUUAUGAAGAAGCUAUUUUUACAUCUGAGAUGCGUUUGAUGAAAGCAAACAUGAAAAUUCUGCAAGACAAGCUGCUUAAGGAAAUGCAUGAAGAGGAACUUCUCAACAUACGCAGAGGACUAGCAUCAUUGUUCAAGGCUCAUCAAGGAAAUGUGUGAAAUCCGGAUGCUGUCAACACAUUUUACCUGAUUAUUAGUUUUUGUGUAUAACUAAAAAAAAAAAAGUGGCCUUGCAGAUAUGUAUCAUCCAAGCAGCUGUAGGCUGUGUACAGGAACCUCCAGUCUCAAGUGUUAGAGAUGAAAAACAUGACUCCAAAUGCAACUUAUGUGUACUAUGAACAAACUGUAAAAGGAGCUUACUUUAGAAUCAUAUUUACAUAAUUAUGCCUAUAAAGCUAGUGUUUUUACUUAAGUAUUACAUAAAGUGUAUUUUUAAAUUAGUACAGUUUUGGGAUAAAAUAUACUGAAAUUUGCAUAAUGGUUUGGAAAUACACAGGUAGUAAAAUAUUAGCCCUUCUUUGAAAGGGGAAAAGGCCCUGCUUUAUAAUGUUUACUUGUUAGUACCUUCAUACUUUGAGAUAUUUAUGAUUCCAGUGCACAAAAAAGUACUAAAUGACCUAAAAUUGUACUUAUUUCAUAAAUAUUUUAUCACAGUGUAGAAGUCUUAACUCCGAAGCAGGCUGCUUGCCAAUCCUUUCUAGGCUCCUGU